UCCAGUCCAUGGUCAGGACAAAGGGAGAGGACCUGGGACAGGGCCCACAGCCAGAGUUUAAGGUGGAGGAGUGUGAACACUUUGACCCUGAACUGAACCUCAGCAGCAGGAAACACGACACACAGUGAGGCGGCUCCACACACACACACACACACACACACACACACACACACACACACAUUUAGAGGUAGCUGCGCCACACAGCCGUGUAGCGUUAGCUAAACACAGCUGCUAGUUUACGCUAAUACCGAUCGAGGAGCUGGACCCUUUCAUAUCGAGUCGGUAGACGAACAGAAGGAAAACACUGGCGGACGAUGCACGAGAUGCCGGGUCAACAUGGCAGCUUGAAGUCCAGAAAGAGGAAGAGCAGCUCUGAGGUCAAAAGCUCCAGAAAGGUAUCUGCUGCCAGGAGAUAUAUGAAAAGCUCAAAGACACACUCAGCAACAGCGAGCAGUUCAUCAGUCAGUGGUGACAGCAAAGCAGCCGCCACUCUGAGUAGUCACUCUCGCAUCAGCUGUGAGUGCCACCAGGCCACUAGCAGGAGGAGAUGCUCAGCGUCACCAGAGCUCGAGGGACCUGAAGGCAAAGAGAACGAAAUGAGGACGGGGCUGGCUUUGGACAGCUGCAGACUGAACAGCACCCAGGAGAAACAGGAGCAUGAGGAGAUGCAUUAUGAAGAAACCAGCAAAGACGUCUUCCCAGAUGACGACAGCAACCAGAUUCUGCCUGUAGAGCAGUUCUUUGGAAACCUGGAUAUUGUACAGGACUUUCCUGAAGGAUCGUCAGCCACUUCUGCCUCUGUCCAGAGGAAGCACAGGAGACGACAUUACUACGCACGAGAGGACAGUGAUGAAGAGGAGGUGGACCUCAUCAGUACGCAGCAAGAUGACACAGGAAGCAUUUAGUGAUGAGUAACAGCCCUGCUGAAUGAAGCGAUGUCUGACGAGGGACAUUAAACCUCUCAGCACUUAAGAAAAAGACACCAAAUGACACUAAAUGUGGGAGGAUUCAUCCCCAGCCUGCCUCUGUCACCGUGCUGAAGUGAUGCGCAACAGCUCAAAAAGUCACAGAACCAGUAAUGACUCCAAAAGUUUCAAAGCACUAAUGGUAAAUUUGGAAAUGUCCGUCCACACGCACAAGAAAUGCCAAGUUUUUCUAACCAGAACAUUUGGGCCGAUUCCUGAACAUUGAAUUAACAGCACAACAAAACAGUAGCACUUAUUAAUAAAUUGGUGCUCACACAACCCCUGGUUCAGUCGUAUGGGGACUUUAUCUGGAGGAUGUGUUGACAUCACUUUAUUUAUAUAAAUCUGUCCGCACACUGUCAUUUAAGAUGAUGUUUUUGUUUGAGUUUAUCUUUGAGAAACAAAAUAUUGCGCUGAAUUUAAAAAAAACGAAUUUCUUCACAAAUCUUAAAAUGACAAGGUUUAAAAUAAAAAAUGCAGAUGUUACAUUCUGCUAAAAGCAGCACAAGGAAAGAGUUCAGACUGUAUGUAUGUGAUGAGGAAAGAAGGAACACGCAAAAGUACAGUUUCAAAAUUAUAUCAUUUAAUAUCAUAAAUUCACUUUUGACGUUGAAGUCAGUACUUUUCUGCAGAAAGCUCAUUAUUCACCAAGUGUCUCAUGAUCCUCCUUAAUUCAUCAUGUGCUCAGUUAUUUGUGGCAGCUUAUUAACACAAUGCACCCGUCUGUAUAAAUGCAUAUCAAUGCAGCUAAUUUAAACUGACAUCGUUUCUGUUUGGUUCAUAUUUGCAAAAA